AUUAGAAUACCGCGUAAGCAACUUGCUCAGAGGAUGAAAACCUUGAAGAAUUAAUCUGUUGGACAGAGUUGAAAUCUAGAGGGCGAGGCUGUAGGCGUUCAUAUCAGAUCGAGAUCAUCGAAUUUGUUGGGUUAGGAAUUUUUCGGUUUGAUCUUCAUAAUGAGUUUCCUUUUCGGCAAAAAGAAAACCCCCGCUGAACUUCUGCGGGAGAAUAAGAGAAUGUUGGAUAAAUCUAUUAGAGAAAUAGAGAGAGAGAGACAAGGUCUACAAACCCAAGAGAAGAAACUUAUAACAGAGAUUAAGAAAAGUGCCAAACAAGGACAAAUGGGAGCCGUGAAGGUGAUGGCAAAAGACCUUAUUAGAACACGUCAUCAGAUUGAAAAAUUUUACAAGCUUAAGUCACAACUCCAGGGUGUAUCUCUUAGAAUUCAGACAUUGAAGUCAACACAAGCAAUGGGAGAGGCAAUGAAAGGUGUGACAAAAGCAAUGGGGCAAAUGAAUAGGCAGAUGAACUUGCCAUCACUGCAGAAAAUUAUGCAAGAAUUUGAGAAACAAAAUGAGAAGAUGGAAAUGGUGACUGAGGUCAUGGGUGAUGCAAUUGAUGAUGCUUUGGAAGGAGACGAGGAAGAGGAAGAAACAGAAGAACUGGUGAGUCAGGUUCUUGAUGAGAUUGGAAUCGACAUCAAUCAAGAGCUUGUGAAUGCUCCAUCUUCUGCCAUUGCUGCACCUGCUGCGAAGGGCAAGGUUGCACAAGCAGAAACAGCAGCGAACGAUGACACUGGCAUAGAUAGUGAGUUACAGGCAAGGUUAGACAAUUUAAGAAGAAUGUAAUGUCUAUUGUACAAUAUGGAUAUCAGCUCAAAUGCGGGAGUUCAUUUGAGGCAUGUAAUAUUUGUGAAAAUUCUGCCAGAAUUUGUUGACACGGGCCUGAGACGGAGAUUUGAAUUAAUAUUAUCUAUACUAGUUUAUUGUAAAA